UUUGUCUUUCUGUACAUCUCUUUCUUCUCUUUAAGUGCUGCUGGUUUUUGCACAGUGCCUCCUCCAUCAUGCUGGCUCGAGCUCUGCUCCAGACUUCGCUGGUUCUCUGGUUGGCUCAGCAAACUCUGCAAGGCGGGGUUAAACCUCAAAGUGUUUCCUGGGGGAGGGUGCUUCCAGCCAGAGGUGUGGGAAUCGGCGGCUUGAAACCUGGAGUUACUGGUGCCCUUGGAGCACUGGGUAGCCGAUAUGGCAACAAAGCAAUGAAGACUGGAAUUGGACGUUAUCCUGCAGCCCAGCUUGGUGUUGGAGGCUACAGAUCUCUUGGAUUAGGAGGAAGAGCUGGUCUGAUGCAAGGUGGAUAUGGAAACCAGGGAGCCUAUGGUGCCAGUCUGGGCCCAGGAAUGGGGCUGGGGGCUGGGCUCACAAACGGACUGGGACUGGGAUUGGGCCAGGGAGGAAAACGUGCUUAUGGUGCUGGCUUGGGAACACUUCCAGGAUAUGGAUCUUUAGGGGGCAUUGGAUAUCUUGGAGCACGACCAGGUGUGUCUGCAGAACAUUUGGUUGGACCUGAGAUGGCCAGUCAGGGUCAAGCUGUUCAAGAUCUUAAACGAGAAAAAAUCAGAGGUCUAGACUCGUUUGGAAAGCAGGAGGUCAAAAGCUUUGAUUCAACAGUCCAGUCAUCGAGUCUUGGACACACAACACCUACUGAUCAAGGACAAAGUAACCACCCUGCAAUACCCAAAAGAAAGCUGGCCCCAAAUCAUGAAGUCAUUUUGGGAGCUGGAGGUCCGAGAAGACAACUGCCUGUUGAUAAAGACAACAUCCAAAGUCUGGGUUCUUAUUCAUCUCAGAGUGCCCGAGACUAUGAUUCAUCCAAACGUGAAAAUCAGCGAGUGGAAAACUGUGGAUCUCCUAUUAAUUUACUAGAAAACAAUCGCUUAGAUUCAGGAAUUCAAAAGGGUCAAAGUUCAAUUGCUCAGCCGCAUCUUGGUGAAGAACUCAGACAUCUUGGUAGCACGACGUCACAAAAAGAAAAAGACAAAACCUCUCGACUACCUUUUUCAGAAGCUGGGGAUGUAAGAAGACGUAUUUACGCGACUCCACUGGAUCAGAGAAUAAGAGAUUAUUUCUCUGCUGUGGCAGACAGGCAGCGCGUCAAAGGACUUCUAGCUGAAAACGCAAAUGGAAUCAGAAUCCGUGGGACUGUUACGGUACAAGAUGGCAGAUAUAGUACUGCAAACCUUCCAGCAAAAGGAGGAAGGCGCUAUGGAGCAGUGAUCCCAGGUACUAGUGGAACCCUAAGUGUAGGCAGUGCCUCUAAUAGAGCAGAUGGACAGGAAGCUCCAGGCUUUAAUGGAGAUGAUCAGAGUGCUAAACAGAAUUCCCAAACUGAACAUGAUGUCAAAAAGCCAAAAGCCCUCCCUAUCCCAGGGCAGACUGGGAGGAAUGCCCAGACUCCAAGUUAUGCUGGUGGAGCGGGAAACUACAUGGGAGCAAGCCUGGGCGCUUUGGGUUAUGGAGCAGCAGGGUUGGGACAGGGAGCGUAUCUGGGUGGAGCAGCUGGAAAACUUGGAGCUGCUGCUGCACUUGGGCAGGGUGGUUAUCCCCAAGGUGUUGCAGGAAAGUCGACUGGUUAUGGUGAUGGAGCAACAGGAUAUCUUGGUGCUGUGGCAGGGAACGGCUUGGGUUACGGGAAUGGUGACGGCUAUGGAGCUGACCUUGCUUACCCUGCAGAGUUAGCCGAUGGUGCUGAGAAAAAAGCAGGGAAGAGUGAAGCCCUCAGUCCUGGAGGCUAUGCUGGACAGGUCCAGGGGGGCUAUGGAGCACUUGGGGCAGGCCUGGAAUCAACUGGUGGCAAAUAUGGAGGAGGAGCUGGUCAGGCUCCUUAUGGUAAUGCCCCAGUGCUUCCUGCUGGACUGGAAGGUGAUGGCGGCUAUCCGUAUGCUGCACAGCAGCUUGGUCUUGGAGCUGAAGGUGCUAAAUCUGCAAAAUAUGGCCCUGGUGCAGGAUAUGGAGCUCAACAAGCAGGGUUCGGUGCACAGCUAGGGCCAGCUCAAGAUGCUUUGGGAGAGCAGACUGGCAAAUAUGAUCGAGUGAAUGCUGCCCUGGGUAACGGAUACAAAGGCUAAUUCCCACGACGUUGACCUCUUCAAGUGGAUCAUUACCAUAAAGUGUUCAGUCCAAUGAGGUUGCAGAGCUUUUCUGUGUGAUUUACUCUACUUUGUUAUGUUGUCAUGUCUG